AUGGCUUCUUCGAUAGACACAAACUGUAUGACACUCACGCGCUUCGUGCUCUCAGAACAACGUAAAGUUCCCGAAGCCACUGGAGACCUCACUCAGCUUCUGAAUGCCAUUUGUUGCGCUAUCAAAGCAGUUUCUUCAGCUGUUAGAAAGGCAGGAAUCGCGCAACUGUGAGUUCGUGACUCAACACAAUUUAAGUAUAAUAAAAUAGUAACAAAUGGCGGAGUCAUUGAAGCGGGAAACGUACUUUGGACCUGACACCCAUCAAGUCAAGGAUUAGUGUCGUCUUCCCUAGCACAUCCCCUUCUCGUCCCAGAGGUGUGAAAAAUGCCAAGGGAUUAAGGCCACAACAAUUUGCUUGAGCAAAUUGCUCAAGCAAACAUAAUUUCAGAAUAGUUUAAUUAUUUUUCUCCACUAUUCAGUCACAGGUAGCCCAAGCCAGGAGCCUUUCACGGGUAAUAGGCUCCUGCCCAAGCUUGAAAUAUAAGCAUUGGUAUUGUUGUAUUUGAAAUAUAAGGAUUCAUAUAAGGAAAAACAUAUUGUUUCUGUUACCUACAGAUAGGAAAGGAUUUCGAUAAAAAAAAUGGCUUACCCUAUUUAAAACGUCUUUCCAGUGUUGCCCUUGAACCGAUUUAUGGCCAUUUUAUGGGGUUUUUUUUAGAAAACCAGUUUCAAGCUUGGGCUACCUGUGUUUCAAUUUCUUUUUGGAAUUCCAAUAAUAGACAGAAAAAACGACAAAAGCCUAUGGCGGUAUGCACUACCUGAUCUUUUGAAAAGCUUAAAAGCCCGGUCUAUUUUGCUAGAUAUGGCAUUGCAGGAGAUACCAAUGUAUCAGGAGACCAGCAGCAAAAAUUGGAUGUCAUGGCAAAUGAGCUCUUUAUUAACAUGCUGAAGUCUUCCUACACAACUUGUCUUUUGGUAUCUGAAGAAGAUGAGCAAGUCAUUGAAGUGGAGACCAGCCAACAGGGAAAGUACAUGGUGUUUUUUGAUCCUUUAGAUGGCUCUUCAAACAUUGAAUGUUUGGCAGCCAUUGGUUCAAUCUUUGGAGUGUCCAGGAAGGUAUUAAAAUAAUAAUAUUAUUUUAGGGGUGCUAAAAAUACCGCUUAACCUUGGAUGGUUUUUUGCCUAUUAUUUUCUCCAGCCUGGUAAUAAUAUUGUGGUAUGGUUUGAAAGAUCUCUUUGCCCUGCACUAUGUAUGGUAGAUUACAAAGUUGUCCUUGACCAUUAAAAUUGAUGAUGUCACAAGUGGAUAGAUAGAUAGAUAGAUAGUUUAUUUGUAAAAAGCUUGCAGCUACCAAGGUGAAUUGUGUAUUUACAAUAUAAAAUAUAAUAUAAUAUAACAGAAUCUUUAAUACAAUAGUGAGUAUAAUAAAAUGAUAAUGAUAAAGUCCUAAAUAAAUAAUAACAUCCUAUAAAUGUAAAAAAGCUUAAAACUGUAAAAAAAAUAUAUACAAUGUCAACGAGCUCAUUUACAAAACUCACCAAGUGCUAAAAUUCGUUAUCAAUACAUGAUCUUACUAAAAAACUAUUUUUAAUGAAACGCUCGGUCUUACAUUUAUUUUGGGAAUCGCAAAACGCCUUUUGUACCGAAGAUUAUAACACGACGGCCCUGACGAUUGAAGCAUGUUAUGUAACCGAUGGACCGGGUCACGUGGUAGAAGGAUUGUAAAUCCACACGGGCUGUUUUUUUGCAGAUGGUUCAGAGGCAUAUGGGUUAACUAACGGUUUGGCUGGUUUUUAAACUCACAACAUCUUACUUAAUACACAGGUGUAGUCCUACCUUCUUUCGACUCUCAGGAGUUAUUAGCUAAAAAGGUGACACAAAAACGCUGAUGUUCCAUCAUACUGUACCUGGCUGUGGGUCUCUCUUGAUGUUGCUCAUCCAACUGAGCUGACAUAAAGAAGUUAAGGAAUCAGGGACGUAAAUGACUGGCAGGGUGAUAUAAGCCAGGACCAAUACAGUACUGUAACCUUCAGCCUCUGAUAACUGAUAAUCAUACAGCCCUCCGUAUUUUUUAUUCCUCUAGUCCCAUGACCGACCAGCAACAAUAGAAGAUGCCCUUCAGCCUGGGAGGAAUUUUGUAGCUGCUGGAUAUGCUUUGUUUGGUAGUGCAACAAUGGUGGUCUUGACAACCGGAAAUGGAGUCAAUGGAUUUACACUGGAUCCAGUAAGUUCCAUAGAAUUAAUAGGCUGAUUUAGCAAUAGAACGGGAACAUCAGUUGACGCUGGUGCGCGCUAAUGAAACAACUGGAAUUACCAAUCGCAGAGAGGCAAAUUGAGCACUGGAAGUCGUGUUUAGUCCUUUCUGUGCGCUUUAUCAUCGUCGACUGACGUUCCCGUUCUGUUGCUAAAUCAGCCUAUUAACAAUAUUGCCACCAACCUGAUCAUCAUCAUCGUCAUCAUUGGUCAACUGAAGAAGAGCAGUCCACUGUAAGGCAUCUCCAACUAGCUCAGCUUUGGUCAGUGCACAGGAUGUCGUCAUCUGAGAAAUGCAUAUAGGGGUCAACCCAUUCCUGGACUUGGUUAGAAAAGGACUUUUACAGUCUCCCUGGUGUUCUUUUCCCAUGGGAGGGCUCAAACAAUGCAUAGAUGUCAGUCGGUUUAUCCUUCUCCAUGCUCAAAAUGUGACCAAGGAACUUGUAAUGUGCUAUCCAAUGGGACUGCAAGCUGCACAUUUUACAAAUAAAAAAGCCGUACCCUUUCGACCAGAAGUGGCUGUAAAUUAAUAGCAUUUCAACAUUAAAGCACAAUCUUAACUGCCAUUUUAGUAUCAACAUUUUUCCACAAAAAAUAAUACUUUUUUGUCCUGGCUGUUAAAAACUUUGAAACUGAAAAAAACAUUGACCUAUAACAUAUGAUAACCAGCCCAUAAAAAAUUUAUAAUGAUGCAGAUUGUAUCUUAUUUCAGUCUAUAGGUGAAUUUGUGUUGACCAAUCCAAACAUCAAAAUGAAACCUCGUGGCAAGGCAAUUUACAGCGUAAAUGAGGGGAAUGCAUGUCUCUUUGAUGAUUCAGUAACAAAGUAUCUGGAAUCCAUCAAAUUUCCAAAGGUGAGUUUUUUGGUAAAAAUGUUCUUGAAAUCAUUACUGACAGUAUGUUGUACUAAUAAAAGAGUUCCUUCUUUUCGCCCUGGAAUUGGUGCCUUCUGGUACACUGUAAAUACAUUACUCUAAAUUAGGUACCCUGUGUUGCCUUACACUCACUCUGCAAUAGAUUGUGUCCUGUGGUACAAUCACCCUUGAUUUUUUUUUCAUAAGCAACUUAUUAAACUUUUGAUCACUGUGGUAUUUGGUCUGCAGUAAUUUCUAACUACACUAAUUUAAUCUCCUGUAGUACUUUAAUAUUCAGUCCACAUAAUUUUGGUUCCCUGUUUCACAGUAUUUCAGAAUCAACCUGCUGAUUUGACUCUCUGUUGUACACUUAGCCAUCAGCCUAGUUAACAUUAUUUUUGGUACCCUAAAUAGUAAUUUACCCACCCUAGAUUUAUUUCCUUGGUGCAGCCACCAACACCCGCCUCACAAUUACCAUCGCUCACUCUAAAAAGGCAAAAAAAUAACAACUGUUUUGAAGGAUUGUUGGUGCCCUAUGCUUUUUUUUGUUUUGUUUUGAGUCUAGUAGAACUGAAUAUUGAUGCCUGUUCACCCUAGAUUUGCUACCCAGUAUUUUUGUUGGCUGGUACUACAAGUGGACAAGAUAUUAAAAAGCAAAUCCUGUGUUGGCAACCUGAGCAGUCAAGACAGGCCUAUCUUGACCGCUGGGUUUUUUUCCACUUUUGUCCGUCCCGCAAGAAGGAAGUCCCUUGGCCAUACAAAAAAUCGUUGAUUGACUAUAAAGCUUGUUUGGUCAGCGUGGCUUAAUAUUGGCUACAUUCGUCUUCUCGUUUUUGGCGUUUUUAUUGACCUCGACUUUGACUGUAAGGCAAAAAACAGAAAGAAAAAAAAACAACUUGGCCAAUAUCUAGCGAUCUUGACCUCAUGCUUGAUUAUAACACUUACAUAUUUCUGUUUUGCAUGCAUUCGUGUAGGAUGGUAAGACGCCAUAUGCUGCCCGUUAUGUUGGCUCCAUGGUGUCGGACAUGCACAGGACAUUAGUGUAUGGAGGAAUCUUUAUGUACCCUGGAAACAAGAAAAGCCCGAGAGGAAAGGUAUUAUUGAUAAAACAUUGUUUCUCGCGAUCUUUUGCAUAUGAAGAGUGUACACUCGAGAGCGUUUAGCUAGAUGUAACAAUUGAAACGUAAUUUGUUUACUCACAAGACUUGAAGAAGCUCAAAAGAACUCGUUUGGAAGUGUAUGUACGUUUCAGAACGAAUGGAAAUUCCGAGAUGUUCGUUUUUUAGAAAAGUUACCCCCAGGGAACAACUAACAAACGCGGCCCACUUUGGUUGCAGUCGAGAGCUCAUACCAGCGCGCCUCCUUUGCUAAACUUUUGAAAACGUUUUUUGAACCUUCAAAAUUCCCCUCCAAAGAUUGUAGAACACCCCACAGACAGCCACUGUCUUGGAUCGCACUUUUUUGCCUGCGAGCAAACUCUCCAUCUGGGGGAUAUCGUGAAAAGUAGACGCGCGAGAGACACGCGAAAAGAGACACGAAAGCGGGGGUUGUGGGAGAGAAAGGCCUUUCCUCAGCCACUCGCGCGGCUCUCGCGCGGCUCAAUAGGAGAGCUUGCUCCGCGGCUCAAUAGGAGAGCUUGCUGCAGGCUACGCACUGUAUAGCGGUCUAUAAUUGGGAGGGGAGGGGGGGGGGGGGGGCGGCGACGAAGGGAGAAGGUGUUUUUUUGUCACUGUCUUCUCUUCCCGCCCCCUCCCCCAUCGUUUUCUUUUUCGUCCUCGUUUCAGCUUUCGCGCGGCUGAAUUUCUUACUUUACGAACUACAAAAGGAAAAACACACCAAAAAACCGCCAGCUACGCAGGCUAUAUUGUGUCAAGUUAAAUUUGCAGUCUUCUCCGUUGGAAUGAGGUUUACGGAAAUUUCCCGCUCCUCCGAAAGAACUUUUGGGUUAAGGAGAUGUAAACUUUUUCUGUGUUUCUCACCUUUCGUUUCCUUGGUUCUAUUGUGUUGACUUCUUUGUUUCUUUUGUUUUACGUCACUCGUGAGUUUUACAGGUUCUUAAGCCCCGUGCAAACGGAUGCAACAUUGUUGGCUAACAACUCCCAACAUUGUUGGAUGUUACAUGUUGCGUCCGUUUGCACACCCUGUUGCAUGUUGUUGCGUGUUGUUGGGAGUUGUUGUGCAAAGUUUGAAACCAGUCAAACUUUUAACUAGGUGCAAACGGAGGCAACAACUCCCAACGAUGUUGGGAGAACAGUGACUCUUACAGCUUUAGUAGCGGCUUUUUAUUACUGCAUAGCUAGCUGGAGAACUGUCGAGAAUGUCGCUAGCGUCGGAUGGGCUUUGAGGCAAUUCAUUCACAAAUUUGUUCUUAUGUUUCUCAUUAGCUUCGUUUGCUGUAUGAAUGUGCGCCUAUGGCUUUCAUCAUUGAACAAGCCGGUGGAAUGGCCAGCGAUGGAACACAACCAGUUUUAGAUAUUAAACCAAAGUCACUUCAUGAAAGAUGUCCAAUAUUUAUUGGAUCCGCAGAAGAUGUCAAAGAUUACCUCAAGUUUACGCAGUCAUCUUAGAUACUAACCUCUUGGACUUUUGAUUUUUCCAUAUGAUCGAUCCUCUCUGAAGAUGUCGCUGAAUUUUAGUUUUCCAAAGGUUAUUCAUUGGGUUAGCAUUAAUAUUGCUCAAAUCUAUCGGUAAAUAAAGGUACUAAUACGGACAGUUUGAGAAAUGCAGUGAGCUAUUUAAAACUGGAAAGCGUCCAGAAUAGUCUUGUCAAGCUUAAGCUACUACCCGGCUUUACAGGGAUUACUGAAUCACAGAGAAUCAUUAACAGUCAGUAAAGUCAUAGCUCUCAGUGUUCUCUAUUUGUGUAAUCGUUCCCGUAAAAUGACGGUUUCUCUCUGUUGUGUCUGAUUUUUUCCUUAAGAAAAAAAGGUUUUUGCUUUCUUUUAUUUAUGGCUUUUUAUAUUUCAAGGUGUAACCAUAACUCAGUCAUGCUGGAGCUGCAAGGUUUAAAACCCAAUAAAAACUCUGUUAUUAAUUGUCACUAAAGACUCCACUAAUUUCAGGGAAUGCCAUACAAUCGGUAUUAAUUAAUUAUUCGUCGGAAAAAAAGGUUAAGG